CAUCUUUCAAGUCAUUGUAAUGUAUACCAUUCCUUCUCAUUUAUAUCUUCUUCCUCGCCUCCCCAUCAAAACCUAGUACUUCGCCUCACCUUUGGUGAUCGGAUACAUCCACAACAACCUCGAAAGGGGAAAGAGAAUAAACCUUUUCCACUCCCUACAUACCUCAUUCCUAUUGACCGCAAUUGCUGACGAUGUAUCGUCGAUCUUUUGGUCACGUAGCAUCGCAAGCAUGCCGAUCGCAUAGCACUUUCACUGGUGCUAUGAAUGCCCGUGCAGCAUUACGCUCUACACAAACGUUGACCACUUUUAAAGCUUCUUCUGUCGCUUUCCAUACCUCUGCUGUCAAAUUCAAUCCAUCAUCCACAAAGCCAACUCAUGCACAACUAUCAGAAGAAUUCAGUCCAGUUUCAACCGGAUUGCAAAAAUGGACAAGUUAUCUACCCAAAGUGGAAAGAGCCAAUGUGAAAAAGGUGUUGCUAGUCGGUUCAGGAGGUUUGAGUAUCGGACAAGCAGGAGAAUUCGAUUACAGUGGUUCACAAGCAAUUAAAGCCCUUAAAGAAUCUGGGAUCGAAACAAUUUUGAUCAACCCAAACAUUGCUACCAUUCAAACAAGUCACUCACACGCAGAUCAAAUUUACUUCCUACCGAUCUCACCCGAUUAUGUUGCCUACGUCUUGGAAAAAGAACGACCUGAUGGUGUUUUGCUCACAUUCGGUGGUCAAAGUGCUUUGAACGUCGGUGUCAAGUUGGACGAAAUGGGUGUGUUUGAUCGUUUGGGUGUAAAGGUUUUGGGUUCUCAAGUUGAUGUCUUGCGUAUGUGCGAAGAUCGUGAUUUGUUUGUUCAAGCAUUGGACCAAAUUAACAUUCCUGUCGCCAAAUCAGAAGCCGUCUCUUCUGUUCCAUCAGCAUUGAAAGCAGCCGAAAAGAUUGGUUACCCAGUCAUCGUUCGUGCAGCUUAUGCUUUGGGUGGUUUGGGUUCUGGAUUUGCUGAUAACGAAGAUGAAUUGCGCGAUUUGAGUGCUAGAUCUCUAUCAUUGAGUCCUCAAAUCCUCGUCGAAAAGAGUUUGAAAGGAUGGAAGGAAAGCGAAUAUGAAGUUUUGAGAGACCAAGAAGACAAUGCAAUUAUCUGCUGUAAUAUGGAAAACUUUGACCCUCUGGGUAUCCAUACCGGAGACUCAAUCGUUGUGGCCCCAAGUCAAACAUUGUCAGAUGACAACUACCACAUGUUGAGAACAGCCGCUCUCAAAGUCAUCCGUCACUUGGGCAUUGUGGGUGAAUGCAACAUCCAAUACGCUUUGGACCCCAACAGUCGUGAUUACCGUGUCAUUGAAGUCAACCCUCGUUUGAGUCGUUCAAGUGCUUUGGCUUCCAAGGCAACAGGAUAUCCCUUGGCAUACACCGCCGCUAAAUUGGCAUUGGGACACACUCUUCCUGAACUACCGAACGCCGUCACAAAGACCACCACAGCUUGCUUCGAGCCAUCUUUGGAUUACAUUGUCACAAAGAUUCCAAAGUGGGAUUUGUCCAAGUUCCAACACGUAAACAGAGAAGUUGGUUCGAGUAUGAAAUCUGUCGGUGAAGUUAUGGCAAUCGGUAGAACGUUUGAGGAAUCAUUGCAAAAAGCCAUUCGUCAAAUCGCUCCCAACUUUGACGGUUUUGAUGCUUAUGUCAAGCCAAAAGAUUUGGAUCACGCUCUUUCCGUUCCAACUGAUACAAGAUUGUUUGCAAUCGCACAUGCAAUGCUUAAUGAAGGAUAUGAUGUCGAGAAGCUACACAGUCUAACAAAGAUUGACAGAUUCUUCUUGUACAAAUUGGACAACAUCGUCCAAAUUCGUAAACAAUUGAUUGAGAUCGGAUCACCUGAAAAGGUUGACAAAGAAACCAUGCUUUUGGCAAAACAACGUGGAUUCUCUGAUCGUCAAAUCGCUCAAUUCACAAGAUCCACAGAAGAUGUCAUUCGGGCUCACCGUAAAUCUUUGGGUGUCACACCUUUCGUCAAACGUAUCGAUACAGUUGCUGCUGAAUACCCUGCCCAGACAAACUACUUGUUCACCACAUACAAUGCUACAACACAUGAUGUCGAAUUUGACGACAACGGAACAAUGGUUUUGGGAUCAGGUGUUUACCGUAUCGGAUCUUCAGUCGAAUUCGAUUGGUGCGCAGUUACAUGUGCACGCAGAAUUCGUUCGAUGGACAAAAAGACCAUCAUGAUCAACUACAACCCUGAAACGGUUUCAACCGAUUUUGAUGAAGCCGAUCGAUUGUAUUUCGAGGAAUUAGGAUUUGAACGUGUUAUGGACAUUUAUGAUUUGGAAGGUGCACAAGGUGUUGUCGUUUCCGUUGGUGGACAAUUGCCACAAAAUAUCGCUUUGCGUUUGAAAGAGACUGGUGGUGUGAAUGUUUUGGGAACUGAUCCAAAGAUGAUUGAUUCAGCUGAAGACCGUCACAAAUUCUCUAGCAUUUUGGACAAGGUCGGCGUUGAUCAACCCGAAUGGAUUGAAGCAAAGAGUGUUGACGUUGCUAAAGAUUUCGCUACCAAGGUUGGAUACCCAGUCCUUGUUCGACCAAGUUACGUUUUGUCAGGUGCAGCAAUGAACGUCAUCUGGGACGAAAGCACAUUAGAACACAAUUUGACCGCAGCUGCUGAAGUCAACAGCGAUUACCCAGUCGUUUUGACCAAAUUCAUUGCAAAUGCACAAGAAAUUGAUGUUGAUGCUGUUGCACACAAAGGUGAAUUGAUCGUUCACGCUGUUUCAGAACACGUAGAGAAUGCAGGUGUUCACUCUGGUGAUGCUACUUUGGUCUUACCACCAUUCUCUCUGCAAGAAAAUGAUUUGGAUCGUUUGAAGGUUAUUGCACAAAAGGUUGCCAAAGCAUUCGAAAUUAGUGGACCGUUCAACAUGCAAAUUAUCCGUAAACCAGUCGAGGAAGGAGAAGGAGAAGCAGCACUAAAGGUUAUCGAAUGCAACUUGCGUGCAAGUAGAAGUUUCCCCUUCGUCAGUAAAGUGUUGGGUGAAAACUUUAUCGAUAUUGCCACAUGUGCUAUCAUGGACAAAGAUGUUCCAGCACCAAUGGAUUUGAUGAAGGAAAAACGUGAUUACGUUGCCAUCAAGGUACCUCAAUUCUCAUGGACACGUUUAGCAGGAGCAGAUCCAUUCUUGGGUGUAGAAAUGGCAAGUACAGGAGAAAUUGCUGCUUUCGGAAAAGACAUUAAAGAAGCAUAUUGGGCAAGUGUUGCUUCUCAAACAGGAUGGCGUGUACCUGAAGCAAACAAAGGUGUGCUAUUAGGAGGAAAUAUCGAUAUCCCAGAACUAGGACAAGUUGCCAAGAAAUUGAGCGAUUUAGGAUUCAAACUUUAUUGCUCCAACGCAGAUGUUGAAGCAUUUUUGAACGAACUACCUCACGUCAAAGCACAACGAAUUUGGUUCCCAUUGAAGGAUAAACGUAAAUUGCGAGAAGUAUUUGAUGAAUAUGAAAUUCAAUUCGUCAUCAACCUCACCAAACAACGAGCCAAGGAUAUCGUUGAUGAAAACUACGUUGCCCGUCGUAAUGCGGUGGAUUUCGGACUUCCGUUGGUGACUGAACCUAGAUGUGCACUUUUGUUUGCUGAAACAUUAGAGUACAAGAUGCCACAAGGAUGUUUGAGACCUUACGAAGAAGGCAAGAUUCCAAGUGAAGUUCAUUCAUGGAAAGAAUGGGUACCUCAUUCAGCAUGACCCCCUUACCAAAAACAAAAAAGUAUCAAUAGAAUUCCCCUUUUCAUGUACUGUGUUGCUUUAUUCAAAAUAUAUUAUCUUACGCCGUAGCCGCACGCGUGAG